AUGCUCUCGUCAUGUCCAUCAUCGACACUUUUCUCGAACAUUGAACUAAAAUGCGUGUCUUCAUCGGAGUAUACCUGUCAUAAAGUGACAACUGAUUUGCCGGAGACUAGCACUGCCACGUCUACCGAAGAGACAACGACUACUUCGGAAGCACCAGAAACGACAUCCGAGCGAACUACUACUGCAGAAGUAACGACUUCCACAGCAGCAGAGACGACAGAGAAUUCUUCAACAGAGCGAGCUACGACGACGACGCAAAUUGAAACAUCGUCUACGUCAGAACCUACCGUGACGCCUACAUCGGAAACACUGGAAACAACGCAGGAAGUUACAAGCGAAACGACACUGGACAGUUCGUCUACAGUCGAAUCCACCACAGAGGAUGCUACCACGGUGGAAGCAACAACUACCGAGAAUCUUACCACUUCCGCACCAGAAACUUCGGUGGGGUCGACGCAGGAAGCUACAACCGAAACAGUGUCCCCAACAACAGCCGAAACUACACCCGAUGUUCAGACGACAACGGAGCAGCCGGAAUCAUCGACGGUGACGCAAGGUUUCACAACGGAGCAAACCACAUCUACCGAGAGUAGCACGACCACUUCUUCAACGACAACUGUCGAGAGUACCAGCGCUUUCUCAACUGCUGAAGUAACAACCGGAACUGAGCCUAGUACGACCACUGGUGUUCUCUCUACAACCCCCGGCGGGGUAUUCGUUUGUCCGGCCGAGGGAAGAUAUCCCGAUCCGAGGGCUGUGUCGUGUGAGUCGUACAUCCUGUGCAUAAGUAACGCCUUGGGCACGCUCACCGCGUUACAAUUCCUCUGUCCACCGACCACAAUUUUCUCGGUAAGCAUUGGCAUGUGUGUGCCGGCUCUGUCUUAUCCCUGCUCCAUCGGGACAACGACGACCCCUUCCGCUACGGGAGCACCUCCGACGACGUCCGAAGGGGCCCCCACUACUCCGCCAGCCCCAUUCGUGUGUCCCGCCAGCGGACGGUAUGCCAACCCGGGCUCGAUAUACUGCAAGUCAUACUAUCUGUGUCUGCUGGAUGCCUACGACAACCUGGUCCCGGUCGAGCUGAGUUGUCCGGCUGGGUCGAUUUUUGCGUACGAAGUAUCGCGGUGCGAACCGGACACCGAGUACGAGUGUUCGGUCAGUAAUGGCAGCAGCACUACGCGCGCCCCGGAGACGACCACCAACCCGGAUGCGCCCUUCGUGUGUACCAAACCGGGAAAGUACCCCAACAAGGACCGACCGGACUGCAAAACGUACAAGUACUGUGUCAACGCACCGGUUGGAUACACCGAGUACACGUUCAGCUGCCCGGGCACCACGCUGUUCGAUGAGGUCUCACUCAUCUGCUCGGCAAUCUACCAGUGUACCCGGGGCGGAUAGCGCUUCGCCAGCGGUGCCUACGAACCACGUUGGUUGUUGGGCUACCAAUCCACGCUGUAUCUCGUUUUGCUCUUCAUCCUCCUGGAGAUGACGUGUGGCUCCAGGGCUACGUGUACAAAACAUACUACCCUUACUCUAAUAAAUCGCAAUCCAUGAAGA